GUUCCAAAUGAUGCCCACAUUUUCUUUUCCGAUCGAGUUGGACUAAGCUCAUACCUUUAAAAUCAUGUAAAGGGCGCGAGCGAGAGCGAGAGCAAGACGUGACUUUUACCCAAAUAUCUUUAUCUAAGAAUGCAAAGAACGUGCAUGGGAUGGGAGUUCUUCGAUUACCAGUAGUGCCUGAUCAAUUACGACAAUCAAAUGUCAAGUGUAUCUUCCUAUUUCUGGGACUCAGUACAGUAGACCAUUCAAAACGAUCCGAUCAAUUGAUUGCACUAACAAUUACUUUAAAAAACCAUAAACCUAACUGAUAUAUUUUGUGACGGUUAAACAGUAAACCGACGCGACGCGACAUCUAUUUGGUGAUGUGAUUUUUUUGAGUUCUUCUAUACAAGGACCUACUGUUCACGCAACCUCCCCACUCCGCCUACGUGGCAAUAAUUUUUUUUUUUUUUUUAGGGAAAACGCGGCGUUUUGUUCAGGAGGUGAAUUUCAAUUCCAUACCCCCCCGCGUUCUUCAUUUGUGCUUCAUUCUCCCGCGUCCUGCUUUCCCCUACCCCCCCCCCGGGUCGUUUUCCCUGAACUCAAACGUUGGCCGGCGCUGGCGCACCGCAGGUGGAAAAUACUUCGGAAAGGGGGUUGUUGCAGCACUGUGGCACCGUGUAGGUCCAUCAUUCCGGCACGGUGUUGGGUCGAUCAGCUAGGUUUGAGUUAUUGCAGAACCCCGGUUGCGGUGGGUGGUCCACGUCUGUCGCCGGAAGUCGAGCGGCACAAACCGAGCGGAACAUCCAAGAGAAGGGAAUCGGGUCCACUAUCAACGUCUGCAGCAAUCCGUUGGUGGUAAUCACCAAGCUCCGGCUGGAAUAGUUCCGUAAGUGCCUCUUUGAGCUUGCUUGAUUAGGGUAAUGUGGUGGUUGAGGGAUUUCUUAUGUUGAUGCAUUAUUCUUGUUCCCAAUACUUAGUCCAACAAUUGUGAUGGGCAAAGAGGAAGAUGGAAGGCCACCCAGGCCAUCUACGUCGACUUCUACGACCCAUGGAUACUAUGGUACUGUAAAUCCAUAUAAUCCGCCAUAUAUGAUGCCUUCUAAUACAUUUCCAAUUCCAUAUCCAUAUGCUUGGGGUAGCCAGUAUGUCGCAAUGCCACCCUUUGGACCAAACAUGGCAUCCUCAAUGGUGAGUAAUCCGAAGGAGUUGGGUCGAGCUGAAGAUACAAACCAGUAUGUCCCAAUGCGACCCUUUGGACCAAUGAUGCCAUCCCCUCCGUCGAGUAAUCCGGAGGAGGUCAGCCGAGGUGAACAUACCAUGCAGUAUGUGGCAAUGCCACCCCCCUUCGCAAUGCCACCAUUUGUCCCUUCAUUGCCAUCCCCUUCGUCGACUAAUCUGGAGGAGUUCAGCCGAGGUGAAGGCCAAACCACCCAGUAUGUUGCGAUGCCACCCCCUUUUGCAAAACCAACCUUUGGACCUCCGUUGGCAUCCCCUGCGUUGAGUAAUCUUGAGGAGUUCUGACGAUCUGAAGAUGAUCAUUAAUCCUGAUGAGCAAAGACGAGGUGACAAUACAACUCAGGUAGUUCACUUCAGUCUAUUUUCUUGGUUUUUGUUUCGACCUCCGUAUUUUCCUUACUGAUUAAGGUUAGUAAGGAAAAUACAGCAUUCAACAAUGCCACCAUCCGGACCAAGUACCCCCUACCCACAUUGCGCAACUGAAAUGAAUGUUGGAGGUACACGUUUAGUCAUAUACUGAUUAACAUCCCAUGCCAUAUUGUGAGAAGCUAAUAUUGGUUUGAAUUUGGAUUUUCAGAAACUGAAACGGACAUAAAUAUAUCACCAGAUGCGGAGGGGAUGAAUGAUCUAUCUUGCAAUGAUGAUGAUAAAGAUGACCCUCCAACAGCUGGUAUGAAAUUUCCAAACGAAAAAGAGGUUUUGCUGUAUUACAAACGAUAUGCCAAACAAGAGGGUUUUGGUGUUAUUAUCAAACGGACAAAGAGAGAUCUAGAUGGGAAUGCCAAGUAUGUGACGAUUGGAUGUGCACGUGGGGGAAGGUAUUAUCCUAGCUAUAGUAAUUUAGCUAAGCCCCGACCAACGACAAAAACCGAUUGUAAGGCAAAAGUAAAUGCUCGGUUUGUGAAUGGGGAAUGGGUGUUGACCACUGUAGAGCUGCUUCACAACCAUAGUACUGUUAGCCCAAAGAAAUCUAGAUUCUUUAGAUCUCACAAAGUUUUAGAUGAAUACAGUCAGAGGAUGCUCGAUUUGAAUGGCAGAGCGGGUAUUCGGAUGAAUAAAAAUUUCCAAGCACUUGUGAAUGAAGCUGGGGGGUUUGAGAAUUUGGAGUUCCAGGAAAAAGAUUGCAGGAAUUAUAUCGACAAAGCCAGAUAUUUAAGAAUGGGUAAAGGGGGUGGUGAAGCCCUAAAUGACUACUUUAAGAGAAUGAGGAAAAUGAAUGAUGGGUUUGUGUCCGUGAUGGAUGUGGAUGAUGAGUUUAGAGUGAGAAAUGUGUUUUGGGCUGACACACGAAGUCGAGCAGUAUACCAGGUUUUUGGGGAUGUUAUAACUUUCGAUACAACGUACCUAACAAAUAGAUACAGAAUGCCGUUCGCUCCCUUUGUUGGUGUCAACCAUCAUGGACAGUCCAUACUCCUAGGGGCAGGGUUAAUUUCAAGCGAGGAUACAAGUACGUUUGUUUGGUUGUUUGAAGCAUGGCUAGAAUGCAUGAAUGGACGGGCACCCCGAGCCAUCAUAACAGACCAAGACCGGGCAAUGAAGAAUGCCAUUGGCAUUGUAUUCCUGCAAACAAGGCAUAGAUACUGUCUCUGGCAUAUAAUGCGAAAAUUGCCAAAGAAAUUGGGAUCCCACUGUGAUUACGACACAGGGUUGAAGGCUGCGAUUCUGAAUGCAGUCUAUGAUACACAGACUUGUGAUGAAUUUGAGCAGAAGUGGCAGCAACUAAUACAAUAGUAUGGCCUAAUGGGAAAUGCAUGGUUGGAGGGGUUGUACACAGAGAGGUCUUUUUGGGUACCGAUUUUUCUGAAAGGUGUAUUUUGGGCUGGUAUGAGCACUACCCAGCGGUCUGAAAGCAUGAACGCCUUCUUCAACGGAUAUGUACAUUCCGGCACGACGUUAAAAGAAUUUGUCGAUCAAUAUGACAAUGUUCUGUUAUUGUUCCUUGAUCUAAGUUUUUCUUUGCGUGCUAAUUUGGACUUGUUGGUCAUUUAUUGCAGUUUUUGGAAAUGGGUCGCUUUUUGAUCC